AUUUUCUGCAGUCCUGCGUUCUCCUUCAAGCAUCGCACACGGUGAACUUCACGAAGGCAAGGAUGGCUGCAGCGGUUGUUGUUGGAAGGUCACUCCUACGAAGUGCACGGCAAACCGUUUGCAUCAAUGCAGUGCGGUUCAAAUCCGAGGAAAAACCACGUUUGUACAGCGGGAUGGAGUACGCCACAGGCCGUGAAAGACAGGAACUCCUAGCGAUGGCAGCAGGAAACGAUGAUCCAUUUGAUAUGAAGGUCUUCAAGAGGGGCCCGGGCACCAAGGACAACCCAAACCUGAUUCCAUCCCACUUAGAGAAACGAAUGAUCGGUUGCAUUUGUGAAGAGGAUCAGACCCACAUCAACUGGAUGUGGCUUCACCGAGGGGACCCAAAGCGUUGCGAGUGUGGAUACUGGUUCAAGAUUGUGGACGCGAAACCAUUGUAGCGAGCACUAUGCCAGGCCUAGUCCAGUUAUAGACCUCACAUUUUUUUCUUAAAAAGCAGAAACACAACGCAAUAUAGGAGUAUCCGGCAGCGCAGCUUGCAAAUACAGCACAAUGUCCGUUUUGUUUCCCCUUGGCAAGAAAUAAAAAAAAAAGGCCAGAAGUUUCAUCUGU